AUGUCAUCGAGUGGAGGCUUGUCGAGAGAAGAAUUUCUAGUUUUACAAGAGCAGCUGAUCGCUCUGCGAAAUAGAAAUUAUGAACUUCAAGAAGCAUUGCAAAAGAAAACUAAUGAAGUCUCCCAGCUGAGUUCACCUAGAUCCGAAGCCCUGCAAUUUGCUAAUAAGCUUAUAAACCGUCGUGAAGGAAAUAAAGAGAAGGAAAUAGCUCAAAGGUAUGAAGCCGAGCUCGAUGCGCUAAGAAUGAAGCUGACCUCGCAAGAGGAGGAGUUUCGCCUGCAGCAGGAGACUUUAAUAACUGAACUGAACAAGGUAAUAGUUUUCCAAAACGAGGCUUUGAACAAGGAGCUCGAGCAGUUCAAGGCGGACGGGUCUAUUUAUUCAUCUCCACAAGCUGGAACACCAUGUGAGCCGCAACCAUUGAUUGCGGAACUUAGUGAAACUGUAACAAUAAAGUCUCGUGACUCAUCUACUGAAGUUGCGACCACUUCCACAUCCUGUGUUGGUAUACAGUGUGAUGAGCUCGGAACACUACAUUGCAACGCCGAGACUAAUGCGACGUCGUCUGUAUCACCAAAUAAAACGAAAUCGUGUCAAACUGAUGAAGGAGCGAUCGUGCCAGCAUUGGAGAACAAGUUACUGGAAUACAAGGAUACAAUGACGGAGCUUGAGUGUUCUGUGAAAGAGCUAGCUUCUGAAAACGCGAGGCUGAUAUAA